AUGAUGAUCUUUCUUCUCUUCCUCUUCCCCUACAUCAUUUUCCACCUCUGCAAAAUCGUGUUCGGAAAAAGAACACAUUCCUGCUGCUACAUGCUUCAUUAUGAGUGCUACAAAGCCACUGAAGACAGGAAGCUCGACACCGAAACCUGCGCCAAGAUCGCGUUGAGGAACAAGAACCUUGGGCUGCAAGAAUACAGGUUCCUCCUCCAGACCAUAGCCAGCUCUGGCAUUGGCGAUGGAACUUACUGCCCAAGAAACAUCCUCGAAGGCAGGGAAGCAGCUCCAACGCUCUCCGACUCCCUCUCGGAAGUCGAUGAAAUCGCCUUCAGAACCCUCGACGCCCUCUUCGCCAAAACAAAUGUCUCCCCAGCCGACAUCGACAUCUUAGUGGUCAACGUGUCUAUGUUUUCCCCUGCACCUUCUUUGACUUCCAGGGUUGUCAACAGGUACAAGAUGAGGAAAAACAUCAAGACGUUCAACAUAUCUGGGAUGGGAUGCAGCGCGAGCAUCGUGGCAGUCGAUUUAGUCCAGCAACUGUUCAAGACACGCAACAAGGCUUUGGCCAUUGUUGCGAGCACAGAGUCGUUUGGAUCCAAUUGGUACUGUGGGAAGGAGAGGUCCAUGAUUCUGUCGAAUUGCCUGUUUCGAUCCGGUGGAUGUUCAAUGCUUUUCACAAACAAUGAGGCACUGAAGGGCAAAGCAGUGAUGAAACUGAACCAAAUGGUGAGAACCCAUUUGGGAGCAGAUGAUGAUGCGUACAAUUGCUGCAUUAAAAUGGAAGAUAAGCUUGGAUAUGGAGGUUUCCUCCUCACAAAGGGGCUCACUGAAGUUGCUGCUAGAGCCUUAACAUUGAACCUUAGGGUUCUGGUCCCCAAGAUACUCCCAGUGAAGGAUCUCCUGCUCUAUGUCCUUCACACUUACCGUCGAAAGAAGCCACAAGGCAGGGAUGCUCCAUCACCUGAAGCUUCAGGACAAGGGCUUAACCUGAAGGCAGGAAUUGAUCACUUCUGCAUACACCCUGGUGGGAGGGCAGUGAUUGAUGGGCCUGGGAAGAGAUUGGGACUGAACGACUACGAUCUCGAGCCAUCUCGAAUGGCAUUGCACCGAUUUGGGAACACCUCGGUUGGUGGUCUCUGGUACGCGUUGGGAUACAUGGAAGCCAAGAAGAGGCUGAAGAGAGGUGACAGGAUACUAAUGAUCAGUCUCGGUGCAGGUUUCAAGUGUAACAACUGCGUGUGGGAGGUGACUAGGGAUUUGGGAGAUGGGAAUGUUUGGGGCGAUUGCAUUGAUUCUUACCCUCUUCCUCCACUCAAGGUCAGCCCUUUCCUGGAGAAGUUUAGCUGGAUUAAUGAUGAGAUUCUCGACCAUGUGGAUAUGACUGCUGCACUACAAAAAUUUUGA